AUGGGUUUUAGUCUCUUAAGUACCAACAUUUCAAACAGUUUUGACACUACCGUGGUUCCAAGAAUUACCCCGUUCUAUUUCGAAGACAAUCCAGUCCAUUCCGGCCAAUACGUCCAAGUCUCAUGUUCCGUAACAGAGGGAGACCUACCCAUUAAGAUAGAUUGGGAGUUAAACAACGACAUGGUGCACAAUAUCCCUGAAAUAUCAAUAACACCUGUUGGAAAACGAACUUCCUCGUUGGAAAUAGAGGCGGUGACGUACAAACAUGCAGGAAAUUACACCUGCAUCGCUACGAACACAGCAGGAAUCGCGACGUUCCGCACAGAACUACAUGUUAACGGUUAUUAG